CUAUUAAAAAGCAAAAUCACAGAAUUUUGGUUUGCAUUCUUUUUUAUUUUUAGAUAGAGAGAGAAACAACAGAAGUUGAUAGAUAAAAUUAGAUAAACAAAACACAUUUUAGAGAGAGAAGCAGCUCAACAUCCUGCCAGAUCGGACCGGAAUUUUUGAUGGGGAGGGAACUUGUGGAUGGAAAAAUGGAGAGAAAACUGCAUGGUGUUGUACUGAAGCCAAUUAGUGUUUCUCAUGAUAAAGUUAAUGCUCUUCCCAAAACUUCAGAAGGCAGCACGGAAGCAAACGACUGUGAGGAGAAGGAAUAUACAGUACAAGAUUCAGUUGUUGAGAACCAGAAUCUUAAGCAAGAUGUUCUCGGUGUGAAAAGCACUAAUUUUGAUAGUGAGCUGACUGAGGGUAAAAAUGAAAAACCUGGUGCUCAAAAGUCGAGUGAUGACAAAAGUUCAACCUUUCCAGCAUCGAAAUCUGCUGGAUCCAGGAAUGGACGGAGACAGCACACCGUGCCACAACCGUUUGCUCUGGCAACUGAAAAGAGAGCUGCCGUGACAAAUGCAAAUAAUUCAAACUCCCCUGUUGCAACAAAGAAUUUACAGCCAAUUUCACCUCCAACAGCAAGGAAGCCGUUGCAACAUGAUAUUAAGAAGCUUGCGGAUGAAGAAGAUAAUUGGUCUGUGGCUUCCUCCACCGCUGCGUCAGUGCGAACAAUGAAAUCUGUAACAAUCGGAACAGCUCCUACCUUUAAAUCUGCUGUACGUGCAGAAAGACGUAAAGAGUUUUACACAAAAUUAGGGGAAAAACAUCGAGCUUUGGAGGAACAGCGAAACCAGGCUGAGGCAAGGUCCAAGGAGGAGCAACAAGCAGCCAUCAAGCUGCUUAGAAAGAAUAUGGUGGUUAAAGCCAAACCGGUUCCUAGUUUCUACUAUGAGGCACCUCCACCUAAGGUUGAAUUUAAGAAGGCGCCGUUGACUCGACCAGUGUCACCAAAACUAAACCUAAACCGGAGAAAGAGCUGCAGUGAUGCAACUCAGACAUCCAGGGAAGAAGUGGGGAAACAUUUUGCACGCCACAGCAUAGGUUUCCGCAAAGAAGACCCAACAACCCCCACCUCGGCCAAAACUAAGGUUCAGAACAGUCCACAGACUGCUAACGGCACGCGCAAGGUCAGUGACAGAUCUAAACAGGAACAUGCUACAGAAAAAUCAGUUCCUGACAAGAUCAUGGAGCAACAAAAUGGAGACAUCUCAGUUGAGUCAUAAAACAGCUGGGUUUUACUAACUCUUUUAAGUGGGGAAAACAUCUUGAUUUCUCUUAAUUACCAUAUCGGAUGUUGCAAGACGAAAUAGCCUGCUUUUUUUUAAUUAUUAUUAUUAUUCUUUCAUCUUAAGCAGUUUGUGUCAAUGUGAAAUUGUAUAUGUUUUGUAAGUUAUAUAUAUAACAAGAGUUAAUUGUACCUUUGUGGACUAAGUUUGUUGUUUUGAUCUGAUAUAGAUGCUCACUUAAGUGGUAUUUGCUCA